ACCCCCAUGUACUUCUUCCUCAGCCACUUGGCCUUCACAGAUGUCUCCUUUACAUCUGUCACUGUCCCUAAGAUGUUGAUGAACAUGCAGACUCAGGAUCAAUCCAUUCUCUAUGCAGGGUGUGUAACACAGACCUAUUUUUUCAUAUUUUUUGCUUGCAUUGAUAACCUUCUUCUUGCAGUGAUGGCCUAUGACAGGUAUGUGGCUAUUUGUCACCCACUGCAUUAUGCCAGCCUCAUGAGUGAGAAGCUAUGCAUAUGUCUGUUGGCUGUAUCCUGGCUCCUCUCCUGUGCCUAUGCCCUGACCCACACCCUCCUCCUGGCUCAAUUGUCCUUCUGUGCUGACCACUUCAUCCCCCACUUCUUCUGCGACCUUGCUGCACUCCUGAAGUUGAGCUGUUCAGACACCUCCCUCAAUGAGCUGGUCAUCUUUACUGUGGGAGGAAUGAUUUUCAUCCUGCCUUUGAGUAGUAUCCUGGGCUCAUAUAUUUGUAUAGGGACAGCAGUUCUGAGUGUCUCUUCCACCAAGAGAUUCUUUAAAGUUUUUUCCACCUGUGGCUCCCAUCUCUUUGUGGUGUCUUUAUACUAUGGGACACUUGCUAGUGUUUACUUUUUUUCAUCAUCAUGGGACUCCACUGACAAAGACAUAACUGCUUCUUUUGUGUAUGCAGUAGUUACUCCCAUGCUGAACCCCUUCAUCUACAGCCUCAGGAACAGAGACAUAAAACAGGCCUUAGAGAUACUUGUCAGUAGGGCUAACUUCUUGAAGUGA